UCCUUACGUUGCUCUACUGUCUUGUGGAUUAGACCUUUAGGUCAAAGGUUUGAGUAGUGACCCCCUAACAAAACCACCUGCUUUGGUUUGGGCGCCCGGGCAGUAUCCCAAUCCUCGCAUAAAUCAAUGAUAACUACCACUGGCCUCAUUGUUAUUGUGUGGCGCAUGUGCAUUUGAUACCCCUUUGUAUCAGUGUUUAUGCGUUCAAAUAAAUAGAUAAAUUUGUCGCAUUGCAUUCCAUCUUCAACCGAAAAAAGCAUGAGGGUCCACCACAACGAUGUUUUACGUGCGUCAUCAAAAUUGUUUAGUUAUCUCACAGAGAGAACAGAAAAACUGAUCUCUAUGAUGUAUUUUUUAAGGCUGUAAAUGUGGUAGAAACUGAACACAAAGUGCUGAAAUUUAUAUGGUACUGUAACUGAAGAAAAACUUGACUCAACACAAAAAAGCCUUUAUACCUUUGGAUGCAAUCAAUACUAAAAGAUUUACCUAACGAGGGAAAAUACCAUUGUCUUUUUUGUUUCUUUACUUAAAAAGUACAAAUGAUAAAUUACUUUAAAAAGAAGAUACUCUUGACAAUAAAAGCGAAAAUAAGUAGUCUUGAUGCGUAAUGAACGAUCGACACAGCAAACUCAGAAAGGAAAAAUACCACUUUAUUUUUGAAAUCCUGUUUAUCUCCAUUCACGAAGUUCUAAUAGUAUAAUCCUUUUUUAUCUUUCUAUUUUGCUGCUUUACAUAACCUCAAACUACGAGUGUUUUAGCCUGUCUGUCUUUCUUUUCACUGUUCAUACCCCAAGGGCAGUGAUCCAUUGCUACUGGAUACGAAAGCUUUAUUAAGUUGAAAACGCUGCUAGCUCUUUGAAGCUCUACACUAUCGUCACCUUCAAAGAAGACAAUUACUAGUCCCAAUAAAAACCUUGAGGUCAUUAAUGCAGAUUUAAACUAUACAGUCCACCCCACGAAAAAUAUUUACUCAUGAAAUCAGCUUGUUAAUUUACUUUUUUCGAAUAUUUUCUAUACUAUAGUUGCCUGUUGAAUGUUAAACAGGAUGACAUCUCUUGAUCUCUACUUGUCAACCCUACCACUUUAUAUAAUUACAUCUAACCUAACUAAGUGCACUUUAGAUUGAAGAAUAUAUGAUAUAUAUAUAUAUAUAUAUAUAUAUAUAUAUAUAUAUCUUUAUAUGUUUUCGCAUAGGUCAUCCAACCCAAAAGUAACGGCAGUCCAAUGUAUUGAUUCGGAUGGCCUUUGUAUUGCCUCUCAUGGGACUGUAAAUGACCAAACCGCAGGAGUUCUCAGUAGCAUAUAUAAACAUGCAGCAGGUAUUGAAGAAAGCUCCGAAUCGCCAGUUUUAAUAAUUGAGUUUGAGUCAAAAUCAAUUAUUUUGUGUGAAGUGUAUGGGGUUUUAACUGUUGUUCAUAAGAAUCAAGUCCUUCGAAGCAACACUGAUACCUCCAAAUAUAUAGCUACUGAACAAAAUCCCGGCUAUCAUUAUGCUAAUGACCAACUGUCAAAUAUCCCAGAGAAAAUACAUAACCUCAAUGACCUGAAAGGAAAAGAACACCAGUGGUGCGUAUUAUAUGUUUUUCAUAAUUUUCUAAUUAAUAAUUAAUUCAUUCACUAAAUACUUGGAUGUGACCGAAGCUUUAAAUGUGAGGGUUAUUGAUACGACUCGGUUACCCGAACUGAAGUUGGUAGGGUGAGAUUCAGUGGCUGAAAGCUGAACCACCAAGCCGCGGUUUCACAUUUAUUCUAUCUACUGUUCGUUUCUGUCCAUAAAUUUCGCUGUACCGCAAAUUAUAAUUUAUUAAUGAUCACCUUGAUCCUCUUAAUCAACACUACCUGAUAAACAGUGAACAAGGUAGCAUCACCACAAUUACGACACUGGGAAAGUGGUUGUGUUUAAAAGUAGUAAUUAUUCAAGUUGAGUGAAGAGUUUUCGAAAUCAAUUUGUGUAUUGUGGUUGCGAGAAAAAUAUCAGGUGAUAAAACGCUAUCUACCACCACCUGAUUAUCUGUCCUACUGACAUUAAGUUGUAGUGUAAAAUUUAUUCUUUUAACUUUCAUUUGUGUCACGUUGAAUAAUUCAAGUAUGUGGGAAAAAAUAUCCUUCAAGAAUUUCAUUAAUGAUUAAUCUACUCUCAGGACUACACAAGUCAAUAUUUGAAGUAGAUGCUGAUGUUAUCUAGGACCAUAAUGGAUCCCUCUCAUUUAAGCCAUUGAGCUCAGAGAAUGCAAUAUAAAUGUAAAGCUUUAGUAUGCUGCGAAAUAAGAAAUAGGGUAAGUCUACAGCGCGUUCCUUGGUUUACAGGAAAACAAACUGGAUACAACCAUUUCAGUAAACAAGCAUAUUUCUGUAACCUUUAUUUUUGAAAUAACAAAGUCGGGUAAAUAUAACUGUUGUAAUUCGAUGUUACUUACGUAAUCACAGAUUGUACACGUCUGGUCGAUAGAUGAAAAGUGAUGUACGAACAACUCAAACGUUACUGGCGCGAUUACAGAUUAGUUUAGGUUUUUACAAAAUUAUUUAUUGUUACUGACGUGUCCGAACGGACACUUUGCUCACGAAACCGAUCCUAAAUCACAGCGAAAUAGAGGAUGGAAAAACCCUAACCCACUGACUAAGCAGAUGACUGUGUAUUAGUUACUUGUUCGUUAACUAAAACGCAAUCGAGGAUGAAAAUGUAAGUUACAAAACGCUCAACGAUUACUUACUUCUACCCAUAAUAUACAUUUGUCUGUCCAAUGUAUUUGCUACCACAGUUAACUGCCUCUCUUUAGGCAAUAAGAACUAAUUAGCUCCAUUGUACGUCACUAAUUAUCUUCAUUAUCGUAUUCGUAUCAAAGUUAUCUUCAGGUGAAAAUUCAUCACUUUUUGUAUCAGAUUAUCUCACUAACAAUGGCACAGUGUUCUGGCUCCAUAACGAAUUAUGAAGGAAUGAAUCGUAAACAUAAAUUCUCCAUUUGAUUUCGUAUAUAUUAAUCGAGCGAACCCCAUUUGGGCGAUGGUUAUAAAAAGCCAAAAAUGAAUGAAGUUGGAAGAACUGAUUUCAGACGUUCGCUUACGUAGACAGACGAUGAGAUAUGCGAUGUGAAGAAGGCAAAUGCACGUGCUCAAUUUACUUAAAGCGACUUAAUGCUCAGAGAUAUGAAAGAUACAAGUAAGCAUACCUGAUGUUAUACGUUAUAGCAACUAUCUUACAUCCAAUUUCGAUGAUGGUUAACAGACAAUGUUAUUUUGAACAGUAGCAAUUCGCAUAUUCCUUUGUACUGUUGUGAUCACUAGAUCACAUGACAGACUAGCUAAAAUGUUGGUUGCUUAAAUUUCACUCGAUGAUUCAUCCUCCUCCCCAUGUAUAUGUGUACUCAAAUCCUAUUAUCAGUUUUUGCUUUGCCUUGCUGCGCCCUACUGUAAAUUUGCCCAUGUAUUUGCUUAUAUAUUUUUACUCGCCUUUCUGCUUCAGAUUCGCUUGAUGUGCCUAUGGCC